CGGCGAACUGGCUUCAGUUGCUUCAGGGUCGCGGUAGGGAGAGCUUCGGACGUCGAGGGUGCGAUUUUUGAGAGCCGAGCGCUAGUGGGACCCGGCGAGGGAUGGCGGCCACCCGGACCGCGGCCGCAGCUGCCACGGGCAAAUUCCUGCUCUUAUUGUUGCUCGGGCUGUCGGCUCCCGCUGCGGCGCUGGCCGGCUACAUUGAGGCUCUCGCAGCCAAUGCUGGAACAGGGUUUGCUGUCGCUGAGCCUCAGAUCGCCAUGUUCUGUGGGAAGUUAAAUAUGCAUGUGAACAUUCAGACUGGGAAGUGGGAGCCUGACCCAACAGGCACAAAGAGCUGCUUUGGCACAAAAGAAGAGGUUCUCCAGUACUGUCAGGAGAUGUAUCCAGAACUACAGAUCACAAACGUGAUGGAAGCAAACCAGCCAGUCAGGGUGGACAACUGGUGCCGGAGAGACAAGAAGCAGUGCAAGAGUCACGUUGUGAUCCCCUCCAAGUGUCUUGUGGGUGAGUUUGUAAGUGACGUUCUGCUAGUUCCAGAAAAGUGCCAGUUUUUCCACAAGGAGCGGAUGGAGGUGUGCGAGAAUCACCAGCACUGGCACACGGUGGUCAAAGAGGCCUGCCUGACUCAGGGAAUGACCUUGUACAGCUACGGCAUGCUGCUCCCCUGUGGGGUGGACCAGUUCCACGGCACCGAGUAUGUAUGCUGCCCUCAGACAAAGCUUGUUAGAUCUUCUGUGUCAAAAGAGGAGGAGGAGGAUGACGACGACGACGAGGAGGACGAUGACGACGAGGAGAAUGAGGAGGAGGAUGAAGAGGAAGACUACGAUAUUUAUAAAAGUGAGUUUCCUACCGAGGCAGACUUGGAAGACUUCACGGAAGCAGCCGUGGACGAGGAUGAGGAGGAUGAGGAAGGAGAGGAAGUGGUGGAGGAUCGCGAUUACUACUACGACACCUUUAAAGGAGACGAGUACAACGAGGAGGGCCCGACGGAGCCCGGCCGCGACAGGGCCGCUGCGGAGAGGGUCACUCACGACGUCAGAGCUGUCUGCUCCCAGGAGGCGCUGACGGGGCCCUGCCGGGCCGUGAUGCCCCGGUGGUACUUCGACCUCUCCAAGGGGAAGUGCGUGCGCUUUAUAUAUGGCGGCUGCGGAGGCAACAGGAACAAUUUUGAGUCUGAGGAUUAUUGUAUGGCUGUGUGUAAAGCGAUGAUUCCCCCAACUCCUCUGCCAACCAAUGAUGUCGAUGUGUAUUUCGAGACCUCUGCAGAUGACAACGAGCAUGCGCGCUUCCAGAAGGCCAAGGAGCAGCUGGAAAUCCGGCACCGCAACCGGAUGGACAGGGUGAAGAAGGAAUGGGAAGAGGCUGAACUUCAAGCAAAGAAUCUCCCCAAAGCAGAGAGGCAGACUCUUAUCCAGCACUUCCAAGCCAUGGUGAAAGCGCUGGAGAAGGAAGCAGCCAGCGAGAAGCAGCAGCUGGUGGAGACCCACCUCGCGCGGGUGGAGGCCAUGCUCAACGACCGCCGCCGGGUGGCGCUGGAGAACUACCUAGCGGCCCUGCAGGCUGACCCUCCACGGCCUCAUCGCAUUCUCCAAGCCUUGCGGCGUUACGUCCGUGCUGAGAACAAAGAUCGCCUGCACACCAUCCGUCACUACCAGCACGUGUUGGCUGUCGACCCAGAAAAGGCAGCCCAGAUGAAGUCCCAGGUGAUGACACAUCUCCAUGUGAUUGAAGAAAGGAGGAACCAGAGCCUCUCCUUGCUGUACAAAGUACCUUACGUGGCCCAGGAAAUCCAGGAGGAAAUCGAUGAGCUGCUUCAGGAACAGCGAGCAGACAUGGACCAGUUCACUGCCUCCAUCUCGGAGACCCCCGUGGACGUCCGGGUGAGCUCGGAAGAGAGUGACGAGAUGCCACCGUUGUAUCCCCUCCAUCCUUUCCCAUCCUUACCUGAGAAUGAAGACCCUCAGCCGGAGUUGUACCACCCAGUGAAAAAAGGAUCUGCCCUGGGAGAGCAGGACGGGGGGCUGAUUGGUGCCGAGGAGAAAGUGAUUAACAGUAAGAAGAAAGUGGAUGAAAACAUGGUCAUUGACGAGACCCUGGAUGUGAAGGAGAUGAUCUUCAACGCUGAGAGAGUCGGAGGCCUCGAGGAGGCGCCGGAAUCCACGGGGCCGCUGCGGGAGGACUUCGGUCUGAGCAGCAGUGCCCUCAUCGGCCUGCUGGUCAUUGCAGUGGCCAUCGCCACGGUCAUUGUCAUCAGCCUGGUGAUGCUUCGGAAGAGGCAGUACGGCACCAUCAGCCAUGGGAUCGUGGAGGUCGACCCAAUGCUCACCCCAGAAGAACGUCACCUGAACAAGAUGCAGAACCAUGGUUAUGAAAACCCGACCUACAAAUACCUGGAGCAGAUGCAGAUUUAAGCAGGAGAAGUGCGGCACCCGGUUGCAGUGGGUGGGGGUGAGGAGGGCAGCAGAGGUCAAGUUUUGGAUUGACUACUGACCAACAGUUACUUCCAGAGGAUUCAUCUUACACUCAGACCUCCUGGAUCAUUAAGACUGUAAAGUACUACUGUAGAAUCACAAUCUCCAUUCUUUUAAAUGGGUGAAAAAAAAUGUUAAUAUAACAAUAUAUGAUAUAUAAACCUUAAAUGAAAUGAAAAAAUGAUCUAUUGCAGAUAUUUGACUGAUGUAGUUUUCUUUUUUAAAUUAAUCAGGAAUCCCACUUCUAUUGUAUUGUCUCACACGUGCUCUCCGUAGCAAUGGCAAAUGUUGAUUUUUCAGUGAUAGACUGUACAUGCUCUAUGCAGGCCGUUUGUUCCAGCUGCAUUGUAUAAAUCUGCCCUUUAAGGCUCACUGUCCUGGUUUUUAUAUUGGAAAAGGAAGAGGCAGUAUUCCCUUUUAAAUGAGCUUUCAGAACGUUGCUGAGGAGCUACCUGAAAUAGGAGCCAUCAUUGACCCUUGCAGCUCAUCAGGCUCCCCUCUCAAAAUUCCUUUGAAGGACCAGUUUCUUGGAAGUCUGGUGCUCCCACCUCUAGAUACCGGGGUGUCUCCACACAAGUCCCAUCACCAAGGAGGCGCUCAAAGUGAGCAUUUGAGUUCCAGCAUCUUGCAACAAGCCCUGUGUACACCGAUUAAGGCCACCAUCGUGUUCCUUCUGAAUCCAGCUCUUCCGCAGAGAUUAGCCUGUAGUUUGUACAUGACGUUCUUCCACCGUCUGCCGUUGACUCACUGUAGCUUUUUACUAUUCACUCCCCUCCCACGUAAUAUCCAGAUGUGCUGUUUUCCUCUUUGGACAUACCCCCCUCCGAAGGCAUCAACCCCCGCUGUCCCCAUCAUGCAGAGAAGACAGCAGUAAGGGGCCCGAGACCCCAGGAGAUGGAUGUUCUGAGCUGUACAUGAGAUGGUCCGUAGACCCCAUGGAAACCUUCGAAGAUUUUGUUUCCUUCACAUGAGUCUCUGUGAUGCUUGUAUAGUUGAUUGUUGAUGCUCACGACUGCUUCUUUUCUUUUUUUCUUUUCUUUUUUUUUUUUUUUUUAAUUCUGAAGGUUCUGGUAACCUGUGGUGUAUUUUUUUUCUAUUUCCCUGUGACUGUUUUUUUUUCCCCCUCCCUUUUACCCUGUCCAUGUCUCUUCCCACUGUGCACAGAUAAACUUCACCCACAAAACUCUUUAAUCUGAUCUGUGGAGAAUGUACAGAGUCUAAACACAUCAAUAAAUAACUUUAACUUCCA